AUGAGAGAGUGGGCGUUUAAAGGAAGGCGCGAGAGGGAGGGGGGCCCCCGCACACCGCCACCCUCCCUCCCUCCCCCACGCCUGAACUGCCUGGCAGGCGGCGACUGUGGAGAGGAGGAAGACGACGAGAAGGCGGCGCCCGCCUGCCUCUCCAGCCCUCCCGCCAGGCACGAGGGCAGCGAAGUGCCCAAAGCAGGGCUUCCAGCCGCACUUCAGCCCCGUCAGCGGGGACUUUUCUCUCGCUGCCCUUUUUUUCUUCCUCCUCCUCCUCUCUCUCUUCUUAAGCCUUGGGCGAAGCUUCGGCGCUGGAGCAGGCAGGAGACGCUCGGCUGGGGCCGUCUGGGCUCGCUGGCUCUCCCCCUUGCGGAGGCUGCCUACGUUUGUGCAGAAGCCGAAGAGAAGCCGCCGCCGCCGCCGCCGCCGCCGUCACUCUCCGGGCUGGCGAGAAGGGGAAAGCCCGAGCGCGGGUUCCAAGGCGCAAGAAGCGAAGGGUUGCCCGGCUGGCGGGAGGGCAGCGAGCGCGCGCCCGUCCGUUUCUCCCCCUCUCUCCCGCCUUUCUUUCUUGCUUCCCCCUCCCGGCUGGCGUCUCUUCUCCUUCUCGCCUUUCCGCAGGUUUUUGGGGGGCUGCUUUUGGUGGGAAGAGUGGCUGGUUGUGUGCGCGCCUAUCUCUGCCUCCCUCGCCGCCCGGGGAAGGAGGAAGUCAGCUGGAACUCUAUACAGUAUGAAGGCAAAGUUCCUGGAAAGUAUAUCUGAAAAUGGACCCCCCACCCCCAAACUUGGAGGACUGCUUGUUUUCCUCAAGAUGAUUGUUAAAGAACACAGAGUAAAAUUCAUAACCAGA